ACUGCGCCACACGUGCAGUCGGCCAAAACAAAACACAGACCUUCGCUAAGAACUCGAAUAAACGACAAUGAAUAACUUUGAGAUUCAAGAGGUUCCCGGAAAGGGGCGUGCCAUGAUCGCGACUAAAAGCUUUGCGGCGAACGAGGUGAUAUUUGAGGAAGAGCCUUUCGUGUCCAGACAGUUCUCGUGGAACGAGGCCUACGGUUACGCGGCCUGCGACCAUUGUAUGCGACCGCUGGAGACGGUACUGGAAAACGUGCGUCGGCUGGCCAGCGAUCCCCGUGUGGAAGUGCCCCUGCUACAGCACGAUCCUACUGCCCAGUGGGUGGCUCAAUUCACCCAGUGCCCACGCUGCAAGGUGCGCUACUGUUCUGAGGACUGCCUGAUGGAGGCCCAGAAGCGCUACCACCGGGUGGCCUGCAUGGGCGCCUUCCGCUCCGACGACACACAUCCUAUUAACGUGCUAAACGAGACUUGGAAGAAAAUGCACUAUCCACCCGAGACUGGCAGCAUAAUGCUUAUUGUUCGCCUAAUGGCUCUUUACCAGCAGAGUGCCAAGAAGGCGGAGUUUCUAGAGCAGCUUCAGUCCUUUCAGGCGCUGAUCGUGAAUCGCGAGCAGAAGAUCUACCACAAAAUGCUGGGCGAAAACUUUGAGCAACAGAUGGAUCAGCUGUACCGUGCGUUCUGCAACGCUUUUCCCGGCGAGGAGUUCUCCAUGUUCACCACGCCAGAUGCCUUCAAAACCUUGAUGGGAAUCAUGGGCACCAACAGCCAGGGCAUCGCUACCAGUGUGCUGUCCCAAUGGGUGACCAAGGUGUCCGACCUGCCUCUGCCGGAUGCGGAUAAGGCCCAAUUGGACAAGGUCAUCGACGGGCUGUACGCCAAAGUUGGAGAAUUUGCUGGCGAAUUCCUGAACAACGAGGGCUCCGGGCUCUACCUUCUGCAAAGCAAGAUCAACCACAGUUGCGUACCAAAUGCCUGCUCCACGUUUCCUUACUCCAACGACAUCGUUGUGAUGAAGGCUUUGACGCCCAUCCAACAGGGCGAUGAGAUCUGCAUCUCCUACCUGGACGAGUGCAUGCUAGAACGGAGUCGUCACUCCAGGCACAAGGUCCUGCGCGAGAACUACAUAUUUGUCUGUCAGUGCCCCAAGUGCCGGGCGCAGGCCUCCGAUCCCGACGAGACAAGCGAUGACGACGAGGAUGAUGACGAAAUGGGCGACUACGACGAUGACGAUGAUAUGAACUAGGUUAAGGCAACAUUCUGUUUACAACGAAAAUGUUUAUUUGAAAAGUAAACAGUCUUAUGUGUGUAUAGAUUCUAGAAUAUAUAUUGUGAUCUUGGAGAAGAAUUAAAGUGUUUUUCAAUGCAA